AUGUCUCGAGAUGGAACUGGGUCCAACCGAGUAACUGAGGAGCGUUCUGCAGCCAUCGAUCUUAAGCCCAAGACAUCAGGAUCUUCGAUGUCGUCUACCCAUCAAGGACAACUACUCAUUGAGGGCCACGUACUUGACAACAAAGAUGAGGAUGUCAAGCAGCACCUUGGCCCUGAGCAUUUUAGCAACGUGGCUUAUAAUCUCAAGGAUGACGUGUUCUACUAUCUACCUCAACAUACCAUGUCUAUGGAUAUCGACUCAGCCCCGUCUGCAUCGACUGGAGGUAUAGUUUUCAUUGGAAUUGUUAGCAUGGAAAAAGGAGAAGACCACUCAGUUGGGCUAACACCAAGUAGCUCAAAUUCUCUAAGCACGGACAUCCCAACAACUGCUCCAAGCCUAUCAAAUUAUAUGCACGUUUGGCCUGGACCAAUGCCUGCAUGGUCACCGGCCUUUAUGCCAUAUCCAGAUGGCAACCAAUAUCCAAUCAACAUUCAGAAUACUGGUUACAAAUUUCAAUAUGGGAUGGGACCUCCCAUUCCUCUUAUCACUACUAGCUCCGCAACGAGCUCAAGAGUUCAUACAGAGGAUCCACCCAAUUGUAAGGAAACUGAAAAACCUGAUACAUCCUCUAGACUUAACGAGGAGAGUAAAGAGGAUACCUCUGUUUCACGGGAUACCGAGGAUGGUAGUGCCGGGACACCUGAGUGUGUCGAAAUGGAUGGUGGUGAUACGAUUGAGGAGCCAAAGUCAGGGAUGGAAUUUAAUUCUUUUGAAGAGUUAUUGACCUAUUAUAAGCAAUAUGGUAAGAAAUACGGCUUUGGGGUAAUGACAAAAAGGAGUGAAAAGGCCGAGGAUGGGACUAUUAGAUAUGUCACCCUAGCGUGUGCCCGCGGUGGGAAAGCCCGAAAUAGAACGUUGAAUGUCGUCAAACCACGUCCGACAGGAAAGACGGAAUGUAAGGCAAAGAUUAAUGACUUAAAAGUUGAGGGAAAGGUACGGUUGACAACAUAUCAUAAUAUACAUAAUCACGGCCUCAGUCCACAGAAAUCCCGGUUCUUUCGUUGUAAUAGAGAAGUCAGCGAGACUGUAAAAAGAGUUCUAGAUACAAAUGACCUAGCUGGGAUUCGAAUGAAUAAGAGCUUUGGGAGUCUUGUCGUUGGCGCCGGUGGAUUCGAGAAUCUCCCGUUUUUGGAAAAGGAUUGUCGUAAUUAUAUGGACAAGGCAAGACAUCUGCGACUUGGGAAAGGUGGCGCUGGAGCGCUUCAAGAUUAUUUUUUAAGGAUGCAGUACAAAAAUCCCGGGUUCUUUGCGUUGAUGGACUUAGAUGAUGAGGGGAGAUUGAAGAAUGUCUUCUGGGCGGACCCCCGUAGUAGGGCAGCAUAUCAGUAUUUCGGUGAUGUGGUGACAUUUGACACUACAUAUAUGACCAAUAGAUACGGUAUGCCCUUCGCACCAUUUGUUGGUGUAAACCACCAUGGCCAGUCAAUUUUGUUGGGAGCAGGAUUGAUAUCUAGUGAGGAUACCGAGACAUUUGUAUGGUUAUUCCAGACAUGGUUGAAAUGUAUGGACGGUAUAACUCCAAGAGCCAUAAUCACAGAUCAAGACAGAGCGAUGAAAAAUGCCAUUGCCAUUGUAUUCCCAGAAAGCCGACAUCGAUUCUGUUUGUGGUAUAUACUGAAGAAAGUACCCGAAAAGCUUGGCUCUCAUAGUGCGUACAAAAGUGGCAUGAAAACUGCUUUGAUGAAGUGUGUGUAUGACACUCAAAGUGUUGAAGAGUUUGAAAAAUGUUGGGAGCAGCUAAUCACCACGUACAACUUGCAUGAAAAUGUCUGGCUACGAAGUUUAUAUGAUGAGCGUGAGCAUUGGACAAAUUUGAAAGAAUUUGUUGACCAGUUUGAUAAUGCUCUGAAAAAGAAAAUUGAGAAUGAAACUGCUGCAAACUUCCAUUCAUUUAGUGUCUCCAUUCCCUGUAUAUCUCGAUCCCCAAUUGAGAAGAAAUUUCAAGAUCUGUACACGAAUGCUAAAUUCAGGGAACUUCAACAACAAAUUACCGGUAUUAUUGAUAUGGAUCCAAAGUUAUUUAAGCAUGAUGGUACAAUAAAGACAUAUCAUGUAGAUGAUGAAGUUCGUGUGGAAGAGUUCACAAAACCGAUUACACACUAUGUGGACUUUAGUGAGGAAGAUGCAACUGCAAAGUGUUCAUGUGGGUUGUUUCAAAUGAGGGGGAUAUUGUGUAGACACAUUUUGGCCGUAUUCAAAUGUAAUGGGAUUAAGUCUGUGCCGGAUACAUACAUUUUAGAUCGAUGGCGGAAAGACAUCAAAAGGAGGUACACAUUGAUCCAUAGCAGUUAUGACGUAGGGGAUCAUCGGGCAGAUGCUAAUAGAUAUUCAAGUCUGUUGAAUAUCUGUUAUCAGAUGAUUACUCAUGCUGCGGGUUCAAGUCGGCAUACUGAGGAUGCAACUACAAAAUUGUAUGCAAUGAUUGAGUUAUAUCGUGCCAACCAAGAAGCCCCAUCGAUAACCCUCCCUGGUGCGAAUGUUGGCUGUACGACUGCUGAUACAACUACAGUUGGAAGUUCAAAGCAAGUACUAAGUCCGAAAGUUGUGAGAGGAAAAGGCAGACCCCCAUCUCUAAGAAGAGCAUCAAGGAUGGAGAAAGACAUGAGGAAAAUUAAAGCAAAGACGAAGAGAGCACCAGUUAAGGGGAAACGCAAACAGCGAGAUGGAGGAGAUACAGCAGUCGUGGACACUUGCAGGAGGUUAUUUCACCCUUCAGAGAUGGAUACUCCCAAUGUUGAACAAGUACAGGCCCAAGAAACAGUGAUUGGUAGUCAAGAAAGUAUGCAAUUUGGGUUAGAUGGAUUGCAACCGGGAGAAUUUGGGUUGAGUGAAUCACAACCGAUGCAAUGA